GUGAAGGAAGAGAAGGACAUCGUAUCGCAGAGAAGGCAUGCACUCCACUUCUCCCGUUGAGCCGCCGCCUCAGCAGGCAAGCCGCAACCCCACCACUGCCACCAACGACAGCAGCACCGGCUGCAGCGGAAAUGCAAGUGCCUCCUCCGACACAGUGGUGCCCGUGACGUUUGUGUCAAGUGUGGGCGACUUCCAGGCGGUCUUUCGCAGCAGCAAUUCGGACAGCAGCCUAGCGAGUGAGAGGAGUGACGCUUUUCUCCUCUGCUACGAGCAGCCGACGGACGCGGUGACUUCCGAUGCUCUCGUCCGCUUUCAACAAAGCGUGGAGGAGGCUGCUCGGCUGCACGGCACGCGACUGCGUCUCUUUCUCUGGGACUGUGGCAGCCCCGCGUUCGCCAGCGCAAAGACCCAACUAGAAAAGCAGCCAGGACAUCCGCUGCUGCUGAUUGUGUUUCGCGGAGCCAUCGCGGAUAGCAUUCGUGGGGUCUCCCUCGCUGAGAUGACAGCGACGGAGAUCCCCAAGUUGUGCGGCCGUCUCGCCUCAUUUCAGUCGUCUGCCAAACCUGCGUGUGUGACGCAGGGACCGCAACGUGCGGCAUCACAGGAAAAUGACGCCACCGAAGAAGGAGAGCAGCAGCAGCAGCAACCGGCACCUCAGCAUCUUUCCGUGGAUGUGGCGAGGAUGGUGGGAAUGGGGAAGAAGCUCAUGGCAGAGCGUAAGCCGUUUUAUGCGGAGAAAUUCUUUGUCAAGUCGCUGCAGACCCUCGACUCCGUGUCCGCCGAUGUGGACCGCUUCGUUGUGACGCGCGCAGAUUACGACGGCAGCGUAGCCCUCUGCCUUGCGUGGGCAGGCCUUGCGCAGCUCAUUCAGGGGAAGCAGACGGUCGAUAAUCCCUACCUGCGUCGGCUGAGGGACUCUGAGAGCUUGCGCGUGUUUCGCGAGGAGCCGCUGAGCGACGCCUGUCGCGCUGUCGUCAUGUGGGAGUUGAUGCAAGCAGCGCCGCGGACGUGGAGUGAGGCAGAGGGCAGCGAGAAGAAGCUGCGGGAGGUACUAAAGACGAAUCCGCACGACGUCACCGCGCGCUCGCUGCUCGUGGUGACGCUCUUCUUAAGCGGUGACCUCGAGCGCGCCAUGACGGAGGCGUUAAAGCUGCACGUCUGUGGAGAAUCGUACGGUCGCGUAGCGCUGAAGCAGAUGAGCUCGUUUCUCGGACAUGAUCACGCCUUGGUGAAGCAGCUGGGUAUUCCCGCUUUACUGGACCCUCGGCCCACCUAA